AUGGCAGGACGCAAGACUGGACCACGGAGGUUUUAUAUUUGCGGUAUCCCCGUCACUUAUGAACUGCUCCUCCGUAUCGCCAUCUUGAUCAUCACCAUUGCCGUUUUGGUAUUUGCAGCGAUCCCCAAGGUCAAGUCGAUUCUCGACCAGGUCAACUAUGUCUCGGUCAAGAUCACCGACAAGCCCCAGAUCCCUGUUCCCGACAUCAUCAUUUGUAGUCAAUUCUUGGACACCGUCGAGUUGGACAUUGUCACCAGGACACAGUACGAAGAUGGACGACAGGGUCAGGAUGUCAAGGUUCCCGUCAAUAAGGAUUUCUACGAGAUCAAGAAUGCGACAGAGUUCAAUCUCCAGGCCAAUGGUGACUGGGACAGGACUGACGGCAAGUGUGUCUUCCUCCACCGCCAACCAGAUUUCUUCUAUCCCAAGAACCUCGACGGAAGCAGUCUUCCCGCUCUAGUGAAAAUCGUCUUUGCGUGCACUGCCAGUGCGCCCUACCUCGGUACCGCACCUGCCGGUCUUUCUAUGGCGAUCUGGAACGGAGAUGUGAAUGUUACCAUGAUUCAGCCCAUCUGGGGCGCCAUUCCUUCCAUUAAUACAUUGACCUUUGUGUACUCGGAGCAUCAACUAUUGAGAGGAGGAUCUCAACCGCGUUACACCCUUCAAAAACAAAACUUGCGAACCAUGGACAUUGCGGCAAAACAAGUUUUCGCUAAGGUGGAGAUCUCACCCGACUCGUUCUAUAUCAACCAGUACAACGACAACAAAGGAUACUCUUGGGUAGAUCUUGCAGGAGCCAUUGGAGGAAUGGCCUCAAUUGCACUUGCGCUUUGGAUCUUCUUAUUCGGGAGCGGCAGGUACAAGAGUUGGGGUAUUAUGCAGCGUUACGUCCUUCAAACAUCCCCUAACUCGAGGAGGUACCGCAACGAUGACGUCCCACCCAAGAAUGCUUUUGAAGCCUUCCAGCGGUGGAUCAAGAAGCGGUUUUCGCGACUCGACAGUAACGCCGACAAUGAUCCCGACAACAUGCCCCUCCGCGCUGAUCCUCGUCGCCAUUCUUUGCGUUAUAGCACUGCACUCAACACUGCGGCUGCUGUGGCUGGCGGUGGUGGAAAGGGCGGUAAUGGCAACAACAAUAACUGGACAAACACGCGGUCAUCGAUGGAUCUGUCUGGUGGCAACUACUAUUUCACGGAACAAGGAGCUCCCGGGUCUCACUCCUUGCGACCACUGGCGCCCCUCAACGAGAACGAAGAGUUCUCAGAGGAACAAGAGGUCGAGGAAUUGAUCCGGUUGAUUGAUCUGAGGAUUGACGAGCGAAUGUGGAUGUUGGAGAAGACGCUGUCAAGAUACUAUUUGGAUGGAUUCAGGCUACGCAACUAUUCGAGCCCUUACUCACUUGAGGCUGGCGUUCUUUCUGGCGCUGCCACAGGAGGAGCAGGAGGCAGGGCGAUGAGCAAGGAAGAGGAGGCCAAGAGCGAGAGUAAUUCACCAGGAUCGACGAAUCAUGACUCGAGAAUGGAGUUGUUGGACGGUAGUGGCAAUUACAUGCCUCCCCUGUCGAGCCCUCCUGCACCGGUGUACCCACCCCGGCCUCAGGUCAACCAACACUACGCUUAUUUGGGUGAUAACCAUCAACGACAGCAUCAGCAACAGCAGCACCAGCCACUAGCACCACCAACAGGACCGCUACCACAUGCAGGAGGCGCACCCGUACCACAGAUCAAUAUCUCAGGAGAACCUCUCUCGCCAGCACCUCGUCUCACCCAGUCCGAGAUCGAGCACGGCGCACCAGCACCAGCACCAGCAGCAGGAACGUCAUCAACAGCAGCACCAACGCGGUACCUCCCCUCGGAUUCUGACGGCAGCGCGUUCAUGCUGGACUUGCCUCAGCGGAAUAACAUGCGAGGCACAAUCCGGAAAGCGGUCGAGAGGCUCCAGCAUGAGUGGCCUCAGAGUCGUGCUCAGGAUGUCUAUGUCCCUCGGACACAGUAUAAUGGUCCCGGCGGCAACAAUAACAGUAGCCAGUAUGCCAAUGUUGAUGCUCCUGGGGGCCAUAGUCAAUAUCGCAACAACCAGGAUCAGGACCAGUUAAAUAGGCAGAAUAACCAGCAGUAUACCCCUGGGUCGGACUGGCCAUAG